AACACAUGCCGUAGUGCAUGUAAAGUUCGGAAUUUAUUGGAGAACGACUGACACUGGGAUAUAUGCAUUAAUGACGCGUCCAACACGUCACAUCCAAAUCAAAUUUAUGCAUUGUUCGCAAUCAUAUGGACUGCCUGCUCUCAUCUCCAACAGAUUUAUGGGAGAAAUAUAAAUCGCGCAUGGCUGAAAAUAUUACCCAUCGAAUAUGAUGGAAAAUUAAAAUAUGAACAUGGAUUUUACAGCAGAAAUCUACAACGAAGCGUUGAUAAUGAUUGAAGAUUUUUGCUUAGAAUUCGCGGACAAUGUUCUAAAUCAAUUGGAAAUCCCAUCAAACAAUCGAUCUGCUGCUGCUUCGUUCGAUGUAGAAUUGUGUCGUGAACUAAAUUACAACACGAAUGAUCUGUUGUCAUAUGUGCAAUCAAAUAUUCCUAAGCUAACGAUUGAACGAAAAGGCAUUUACAAUCAUAUAAUUCAAACUGUCAAUAACGGGUUUGGCCGCAGAUUUAUACGCCAGGGGCAACCAUAUGACACAAUUUACGACGCCCAUAACGCGGUCGGCCAUGGGGGAGAAAAAAGAACUUAUUUUCAAGUAAGCAAGACGGUUGCUAACGUAACCUAAGAAGAAGUAAAACUAUUCAUUUCUUUGUCAAAUUUGUAACUUAAAACGUGUUCCCAGGUGUAAGAAAGGGGUAGUUAAACCCAUCGUGUCUGAGAGUUUCGGAGAGAGGGGGCAGAUGAAUUUGAUAGACAUGCAUAAGGAUGGGUGAUGUUUCUUCAACUACAUUUUUCAUUACCAAGAUUAUUUAACCAAGUUCUCAGUUCUCUGACCUCUUCGCACUAAACAGGCGAUAGAAGUCGCUCGUCACUUGCUGGAUAUCUUUACGCUCAUUGGAGCCCCUCGAUAUCUGCAAAGCGACAACGGCCGUGAAUUCGUGGCGGCAGUGAUUCAUCAGUUACGGACGGAAUUAUGGCCCAAGUUAAUCCUAAUAAACCGUAAGCCCCGGCAUCCCCAGAGUCGGGGAAACAUAGAACGGGCCAACGGUGGCAUUACAAAAAUGCUUGGGAGUUGGAUGUGUGAGAAUCGAACUCGCGAUUGAUCGGCCGGUCUUCCCUUCAUACAAUUUAAUAAGAAUAUAGCAUAUUCACGGGGUGUUGGACUGUCACCGUACAAGGAGGUCUUUGGGAUCGAACCCCCCCAUCGGUAUGCAAACCGAACUCUCAUCAUCGAUGUACAAACUGCUGCAAGGAAAGGAUAUCACUGAAGAAGACUUAUUAACGAUGAAUCUAAUUGAACGAGAGGAGGAAGUUGAUGAUCCUAUUGGAGACCAGGAACGAAGUCGAGAACAAGAUGUUGAAGAACACCACUGUCGUCAACCACCGACUGCUGAGGCUGGGAACCAGAACGAAACUAUUAUCAACUCCAGGGAUUCAGAGUCAUCAUCACCAAUAUUACCUCAACAACAACAUCAAUCCAUCAUAUCUCCACAUUCGAAUACAACUACAAGUUCUGCGCCUGAGAUGAUGAUAAUCUCCCCACCUCCACCAUCAUUGCCACCAAUAUUAUUACCCCGGGAGAUAAUGGAUGACGAGCUGAACAAAAUAACAGGAGAACCGUUAGAUGAAGUCAACAAUGAGGAAAUGGGAGCAGCUCCUACUACACCUUCGUCUUCUCAUCAUGAGAUGAUAAUAAUAAGAUCUCUGCCACCAAGUUCACCACCAUUCCCACCACCACCACCAUUGCCACCAAUAUUAUUACCCCUGAAGAUAAUGGAUGACGAACUGAACAAAGUAACGGAAGCCCCAUUGGGUCGAGUUAAUAAUGAAGAAAUGGCAGCAUCUCCAACUACACCUUCGUCUUCUGAUCAUGGAAUGAUAUUAUCAUCUCCACUACCACAAGAGCCUUAUCUUCGACCAUCAUCUUCGCCUCUUCUUGUAGUGUUAUCACCUAAGAUAAUAAUUAGACAACUGAAAUAUUCAGGGGGACACACCAUCUCGUACUGAUUCGGAGUCCGACGAAAAUAACAACAAUAUCGACGCAGACAUCGACAACCAACCUCCCCAUCACUUGCAUGUCAAAAAUGUAAGAGAAAUAAAUAGUAGAGUGAAGGAGCGCCAGAAGAGUAACGCUUUUAAAAUGUUGUCACAGUCUUCAUCAGAAGUUACACCUAUAAGUUUAUACGACGCAGUUAAUGUCAUAAUCCCUAAAGCAGACAGAGAAUCGAAGAUGGGGAUACGUACCAUCAGUGGAAUAGUUAUCGAAAUUGAUCACCGGAGAGAUUUAUAUCGUGUGGCCACCAAAUUUGGAACCAUCGAUCAGUAUCUUUCUAGGACUGACUUCGAUAAAUGUGUAGACAGAAUUUCAAAUUAAUAUUGAAAAUCAAAUUAAUAAGAGCCAGACAGUAGGUCUUCGAGAAGUCGUUCGAAGACAGUCUGAUUAUUUUCUCAGUGAUAAUCGCUAUAGGUAGAUUCUAGUGAGUCAUUGUAAA